AUGACAGCACCUCAAAAUCCAAUCGCUAGAGCCAUUUGGGAUGGUGCCUUGCCAAUUAAAUUUUCUUUAGAUACUGACGAGGCUGAAGCAUUAGGCGUAGAAACGAUUGAAUCUUAUUUUGUAAAUAGAACCCCCUCUUUUUUCUUAUUUCCCCCUAUCAAUUUUAUUGUUGACGAUGCAGAAAUAUGGUAUGAUGUUGAUGGAACACCUUUGAAAUGGUAA